UAGACAGGACAGGAGGACAGACAGACAGGAGGACAAAGGAAACCCAGCCUUUAAGGGUCUGUCAUGUGUGUGAGGGAGCGAUAAGAAUCAGGCAGAUGUGCAGCAGCGUCCCACAACAGGCCAGUGUUAAAAGCAGAAACUUCUCUGCGAUGAUUCGAAUGCGAACAGCUGAUUGCAUUUCCUGGUAUCAAAUGUGAAGAGGAGCCUGUUUUUUUCACUGAACAAUGCGUCUCUUCUGGUUGUUGCCAUGGUCAGUUUUUCUUCAUUUGGCUCCAGUUUUUAGUUCCAACGAAUGUAAAAUCCAUGAAAGUCCCAGCUCAUUAAACACGCCUUCACUGUUGAAGUCUUUACAGUGUUAUAAUGACUACCAGUCCUACGUCCACUGUAAAUGGAGUAAGGAACCACACACAAAUAAAGCACUGCAGCUCUGGUUCGAGACAACAGACAACGACAGGGCCUUGUGUAAGCCUUAUCCAGGGGGUCCGGAGGAGCACGGGACCACCCAGUGUCGAUAUGCAACCGGCAGCUUUUCACUGGGCAUCUCUCACACCGCCUUCUUCAACAAGAAUCUGACCCUGUGCUCAUCUGUCCUGAACAAACCUGUCAAUCUGUCUCAGCACUUGAAAGCACGUCCACCAGUGAACCUCACCUCAUACGAAGAAGAUGACGGAGGCCGACUGGUCAUGUGGUCAAGUCCCUACCCCUCCUCCACCUCCUCCUCCUCCUCCCUGAUCAAAAACCUCACAUACCAGCUGAGCUACAGAGCCAAUGGACAGGAAUCGUGGACUUAUGAAGAAGUUACAAAUACCAGCAAGAAACUAGAAAAGCAGCUGCUGCGUCCCGGUCGCAGGUAUGAAGCCAGGGUCAGGGGUCGAGUCAGCGUGGGCCAGUGGAGCAACUGGAGUCCAGCGGUGACCUGGCAGACGGAGGAGGACACUGGGCAGAUUCCCAGUUUGCACUGUGUGCUUGAUGGAGAGAAGAAGGUGAGGUGUGGCUGGGAGGUGAGCAAAGAGCUGGUUCACUUCAUUACCUACCAGCUGCUCUGUCGUCAAAACCAGGCUGCACGAUCUGAGAGAUGCUGUGUGGACCCAGAAGUCAGUCCUGGCCGUAGUCACACUGUAGUAAAGUACAGCUGCUCACUGACUGUUGAAAACCCUGCACAUCUGCUGCUGGAACUCCGACCAACACGCAACGCCAAGACUUUUAUAGCUUGGAAACACAUUCGUCCAGACCCACCAAAGCAGGUAAAAGUGAGAGAGAAUGACCACAACUGGAUGGUGGAAUGGACUCCACCAAACAUGCCUUUAGAACUCAGACUGUAUUAUGAGGUCUGCUAUUACAGGACACAAGAUCAGGAAUCUUCCACGUGCCUGAACAGUCCAGAGGGGUCCAGAUCUAUGCGCAUCCUGGGAGCGUCUCUGGCUCCGUCCCAGCGUUACCAGGUCAAGGUCAGGUCUGUGCUCUGGCCUGAAGAUGUGUACAAGGGAACGCCGUCUGACUGGUCUGAUCCUGAUGACUGGACCUCACAUGCAGCAUCCUGGUCCUUCACCACCUGCAUCUAUAUCUUAAUCAGCGUCUGUGUGGCUGUAGUCUUCGUCACACUCUAUUGCUCCAUUCCAGCUUGUAAGAGGAGGGCAGUUCUUUGGGUGGAGUCAGUUCCUUCUCCAGAAAAAAGCCAAAUCCUGUCUGAGGUGAAGUCUGCCAACGCCCAGAACCUCAUGCAGAGUGAGAACACCUUGAUCUGCAAAGUGUUGCACAUGGACAGCAUAUCAACAUGUUCCUCAGAUGUUUCACUGUGUCUGACAAAAGACACUGAGAAGGAACAUCUGAACCUGGACGAAGGCAUCUGGAACUGUGAGGUACUGCCCUUCCUGGAUGAGAGGAUUAACACACCUGACACAUCUGCAGUGAGCUUCAGUGGGCCUUAUAUCUUCUGUCAGUCACCAGUGUCCGAUGACACACCGGCAGAUGUCACCUCUGACCUGAAAACUGAAGCAGAAGGCCCACCACCCUCUGUGUCCCCCAUCCCGGUGAAUCUGGGCCUCUUCAGGGAGGGAUAUGUGUGUCUCCCAAACCACAGUGUGUCCAGGUCCACUCAGGAUCUCACAUCCCACAGCCACACCAGCACAGACACACAGCGGCGGGUCAGUGACACAGAGCAGGACCUGCAGAGUCCAGAUACAGCAGCACCAGACCCCCAUCAGCUCAGUGACCCCACCAGCUGCCUCCCACCCCCCACUCCCACCAUCACCCCUGGAGCUUUCAUCUCCUGGCCACAAGGGGGCACCAUGCAGGCCUCGGGGUACUGCCAGCUCCCAGCAGCCUUCAUGACAGAACAGUCCAGUAAAGCAUGAAACAGAAGAGCAUGUUACACAGGACUCAGCAGGAUUUUCCUGAAUUGCAUCUACUGGAUUUCAACUACUUUGUCUUCCUUGCAAGAAAGUUUUUCUCUUUGUUGCUUUGCUCUGAUAUGAACUGUUGCUGGAGGCCUGAACAAUAGGGGGUAGUAGUGAGCUAAGACUGAGAACCACCACAGAUGACCAGGCGCAGAAGGACCUCAGAACUGCACACAAAACUAGUAUUUAUUUGUUUUUAAUCACAUAUGCUUACUGAGCCAUAGUAAAAUAUCCUCAUGGUCACUGUAUACUCCACUCUGCAGUAACACAAAAAAGUUUUAACACAGUUUGUGAACGUUCAAAAUGUUACACCUGUGGCAAGAGGUUCCAUUCUUUUCUGUUAAAGAGGAAAGUUAGCUGGUGUUUUCCUAACAUAUGAUGAACACACGUUAGCAGAGACUCUUAAAGGUGGGGUAUGAGAUCUUAGAAAAAUGGUUCAAACAAGCUACAUUUUGAAAAUACUCAAUUCAAAAGUCCAAACCCUUCUUUCAGACAUACCCCUGAAGUCACGCCUCCAGAGUACUGGCACGCGCAAUGCUUGUUCUCAAGGGUUCUCAAGCGCUGAACAGCAACAGUUCGCCCAAGUCUGGCUGCCCUGGUGCUCUGUCGAGUUGAGCUGCUUCGUCGAAGUAAGCAACCAGUAGUGCAGGGGUGUCAAACUCAUUUUGGUUCAGGGGCCAUAUUUAGCCCAAUUUGAUCUCAAGCAGGCCAGACCAGUAAAAUAAUGACUUAAUAACCAAUAAAUAAUGACAACUCCAA